CACCAAUAAAUACUGGGAAUAUUCACAUCAUCCUACAAGAGAAGGACAAACUCCAGGUGUAACAGCUGAAAUCUGUGUGACUGUUAAAGAUGGAGUUUAUUAAAGAGGAGAUUGAAGACAUGAGUGAUCCAGAACCAUCCAGAAUAAAACAUGAAGAUACUGAGGAACAAAUAGAUCAGAUGGAAGUGAAAGAGCAAAGAAAAGAACUGGAGGAAAUUGAGGAGGAACAUCAUAACUUUAGAAUUCAAGGAACAAAAGCCAAAAAGCUGCACACCUGCUCACAGUGUGGAAAGAGUUUCAGACAAAAAGGAAACCUUAACGUACACAAGAGAGUUCACACUGGAGAGAAACCAUUUAACUGUGAUCAGUGUGGUAAAGAUUUUAUUUCAUCAUCAAAUCUAAAACAACACCUGAAAGUUCAUUCAGAUGAGAGGCCUUAUGUGUGUUCUCUCUGUGGAAAGAGUUUUUCACGGCUGGAACAUUGUAAACUGCACCAGAAAACACAUGAUGAAGUGAGAGAUCAUGUGUGUUUGGACUGUGGGAAGAGCUUUACUACAGCUGACAAUAUGAAACAACAUCAAAGAAUUCAUACUGGAGAAAAACCUUACAAGUGCUCAUAUUGUGACAAGAGUUUCACUCAGUCUGGAAACCUGAAAUCACACGAGCGAGUUCAUACUGGAGAGAAGCCGUACUACUGUACUCAGUGUGAGAAGAGUUUCAAAGAUGCAACAGGUUUAAAAUAUCAUCUGCGCAUUCACUCUGGAGAAAAAACAUUUAACUGUGAUCAGUGUGGUAAAGAAUUUAAUUCACCAUCACAUCUAAACCAACACCUGAAAGUUCAUUCAGAUGAGAAGCCUUAUGUGUGUUCUCUCUGUGGAAAGAGUUUUUCACGGUUGAACAGUUUUAAACGGCACCAGAAAACACAUAAUGAAGUGAGAGAUCAUGUGUGUUGUGAUUGUGGGAAGAGCUUUACUACAGCUGAGUCUCUGAAACGGCACCAAAGAAUUCAUACUGGAGAAAAACCUUACAAGUGCUCAUAUUGUGACAAGAGUUUCACUCAGUCUGGAAACCUGAAAUCACAUGAGCAAGUUCACACUGGAGAGAGGUUGUACUGUACUCCAUGUGAGAAGUGGUUUAGACAUUCAGUAAGCCUUCUCAGGCACAUGAAGAAAUACCAUAAGUUGUCGCAGUGAGCAACAUUUCAUUUUCAUGACAAAUACAGUAAAGUAAAUGUUAUGAGAUGAACAAAUUAUAGAGUUGUUCCCAAAAGCACAAUAUCAUCUACUUUAACUUUGUUUGUAGUCUGAUCAAGAAACUAGAAGAGUGGUGUUUAAAGCUUCAGAACAAUUUGUUUCUUUCCUACUGGUUAGUUUUCAGUAUCUGUCAGGAUGGCUUGUGUCCUGAGCAGGACUUUCUAGAAUUAGAUAUAUUGAUGUCAUUUACUUAUUUAAUAAGUGUACAAUAUUGUGUUUUGAUAACACAUGCAAUUAUGGGGAAUAAACAAAGAAAAAAUUGGUCUUAAGAAAACAUGUUUAACUGUGAUUGUUUAAUGUAAAAACUUUACUUCAGCAUCAAUUCUGAAAAACACCUGAAAGUUCACGCAGAUGUCUAAUAUGUGUUUGUGGAAAGAGUUUCACUUCACUUUUACCUGUUUGAUUUGUUCAUUUUUAUGCCAGUCAAAAAUGAUGGGUUAUUAACAGACCUUAUCAAAUUAGGUUUUAAUAUUAUUUCAUAAAGGAAUACACACUUAGAAAAAUAUUGUUAAAUAUGUUUUUGAGAAUGAAUGAUAGUUUCUUCUAAAAUAAUGUACUGUUAAAAUACUCUUACUGUUUUCUGUUAUACUGGAGCAGAAAAUACAUCAAAAGUCAAGAUACAAGGGCAAAGAUUUCACUGUAAUGAUUUUUUCCACUUUUUUAUAAAUUUGUGUGAUGUACAAGAAAGUACAAUCUGGCAACAGACACUGCCCUGUCAAACAAACAAACAAAAGUCGCUGUUUGGGUUAUUUUUUCUUUUCUAUUCUCUAUUUCUAUUCUCUCUCCAUCUAUUUAAAAAAAAUCCUUGCUAAAUGACAAUGUAAAUGUAUAUAGGCAAAUGCUUAAGAGUCUAUGAUUGGAUCAUUAUUGCAGUGAUUAUGAUGUUUCUAGCAUGUUAUUUGUUUGGCAACAGUUCUUCUAAGCCUAAUUGAUGGAGUGUGUAGCUUUUCAUAUCUUAAACAACCGUGUAGGAAGACACAUCAUGGCUAUAUUCCAGGAUCCAUCAGGCUCAAAUUGUUAAUGAAUGGUUGGGAGGGAGCAUGAAGAAUCAUUUCACACAUGAAUUGGCACCUCUGAAUCCAGACCUUAAAUUCAUUGAAAGUCUUUGGGAUGUGCUGGAGGAGUGCUGGACUCUUGCAUUGUCAAUACAAGUUCUUGACCAAAAAUUGAAUCACCUCUUGGUGGAAAUAAAUAUUGUGAUGUUAUUUUCAUCAAGAGAUGCAUCAAUUUUUGGUCAAGAUCUUGUAUGAGUGUGAAAAUUAUUCUUCAUGUUCCCUCACAUUCCAAUUCACAAAAAAUAUCUGAUGGAAAAUGAGUCGGCACUGAGUUCUUUAUUAAAAGUAGGACAAAAAUAAUGUUUUCGGAGAUUAAGGCAUAGAUGUUUUAUUUUGGUGUAAAUUAAUCACUGAACACUAAACUUCUAAUAAUGUAAGCCACAGGGAGACCACAGACGGGUGUCAGUUUUCCUUUGUGUUUAGUGAGUAAUCUUUAUUGUUAAUUGAACAUGUUGGAUUAUUUCUGCCAAUUAUAUGCUUUGAUUUAACUCUUUGCUGACAGUUCAAUUAAAUGUAAGAAUCUACACACAGGAUACGACAAUGUACUCUUCAUCUCGGCUUUAUUGCUCAAUGUUUGAAUGAAUGAUUCAAUGACUCACUCAUUUGUUCGACUUGAAGCAUUGCUGCUCAGACCAAUCAGUGUAGGACAUCAAAGUGCUGCAAGAACAAUUAGAGCGGAUCACAGUAUUUUGAUGUCGUACAUCGAUCGGUCUGUGCAGCACCACUUGUUUCAUUACUGGAUGAAUCACCAUUUUGAAUGAUUGAGAAUAGGCCCUAGUGCAAAACAACAUAAAGAAACAAAACCCUGUGAAUGUCAAUUAGCAAAUUAAGAGUCAACAAAAAUGACAGAGCUAUAACGUUUAACUGAGCUGCUGAAAAGCUUUAUCUCAUUCAAUAGUCGCUGUUUUCACCUCAUUCAUUAUGGUGAUGUCUGAGAUCUUCUGUAAAUUGGCUCAUCAAGCUCGUCAUUAGUGUCAGAUAAACUAUAAGAUUGUCACUUUAUGUGAUAAUCACCUAUUAAUGUGUGUUUUAAUGUUUUACCUCUCAGGUUAAAGUACAUGACUAAAAAUACUAUUAAAGGCUGCAGAAACCAUACCUGACAUCUCUCUUUUCUGACACUGAAAUACACAAUUUAUGUGAUUAGAGUCGAUCGAAGGACUUCUUCAUUUCAAUGUCUGAAAGGAAAUGGCUGUUUUCAGAAGUUUUGAUGUAAUAUUUUUUAUCUUUCUUCAUUAUGAUGCCUAAUAA